AGAAAAAACAAACCUAACAAUGGCAUUUGCUUUCCAUAACUACGCUGUUCCAGUUUUCCUUUCACUUUUGGCCGUAAUCCCAUUUGAGGGCACCGGUGGCUCCCAUCUCAGCCACAACAACCGCCGUGAGCGUGGCAACCCUACUCCAAAAUCCCUUCACUUCACCUUGUUCCAACACGAAAGCAGAAACAAAACAGGUUUUGUGAUAGUGAAUGGCGUGGAAGGAAGUGAAGGAAAGGGUGAAAGCUCAAGCCUUUUUGGCAGUCUUUUGGUCUUUCAGGACCCUUUGACUGCAAAAGCAAACAGAUCCUCCAAACAACUGGGAACUGCAGAAGGAACUUCCAUCACCUCUGGUCUUGAUGGACUCAGCAGCAUUUCUGUUGCAAAGUUAACUCUUCGGGUGAAGAAUCACAAAGGCUCCAUUUCCAUUGUUGGAGGCACUAAUACCUUCGAGCGUUCGGAUUAUCCAGUUGUAGGAGGCACGGAAGAUUUCUUGUUUGUUAAUGGCUAUGUUACCUCUUCUCCCCUUCAGGCAAAGUCUUCAACACUUGUCUACGAGAUUGGUUUUCAUCUUUACUGGCCUCCAUAUCCAUCUCCACCUUCUUAUUAAAACCUUAAAUCAUCAAAUCUCUUCAUUACUAUGUAACCCAGUGAGGUUGAGUUAAGGUUUGUUGCUGUUGUUUUUGGUUUUGUUUCUGAAAAUUUUCUUUUUCUUCUAGUCAUAAUAAUGUGUUCAUUUCUGGGGUGUAUGGAUUUAUUAGAAUUUUGCUUGUCUGUUUUUUCUGCCUUUAUUUUUUUGUGUUGUAAUUAAAACAUGUUCUAAGUUGAAUGAUAUAUAAUGUACUACAAAGCUGCCCUGCUAAUAAAAGUGUUUUCUUUCGGUGUUA